GCACCGGAAGCGGCGCCAUGAAGCUGCUGACCCACAACCUGCUGAGCUCGCACGUGCCGGGGCUGCGGCCCGGGGCCGGAUUCCCCCUCAAGAUCGAGGCCGCCGAGGUUCGGGUCCGCCCGGUGCCGUUCAACGCCGCCUUCGUGUCCCGGAUGGUGCCGCGGCUGCGCUGGGACGCGCUCCGGGAGGCGGCGGAGAGCUUGGGGCGCCCCUCGGAGCUGCCCCCCGAGCCCAGCCCGGGCUACGAGGCCGACGAGGAAUUCCUGCGCCGCCUCCACCACGUCCUGCUCGAGGUGGAGGUGCUGGAGGGGUCCCUGCAGUGCCCGGACUCGGGGCGGCGCUUCCCCAUCUCCAGGGGGGUCCCAAAUCUGCUCCUGAGCGAGGACGAGGCCUGAGGAGGGGUCGGGACCCCCCAAAAAUCCCCCCAAAAUGGAGCUGAGUCCCUCCCCCCGAGGAAGAGCAAAAAAAACCCCGAAUUUCCACGGUUUUACCCCAAAACACGGGGCCCGAAUUUCACCCCGUGUUCAAGCGCUGAGGGGCGUGGUCUGAUUCACCUCAUUUGCAUGUAGGCGUGGUUAUUUGCAUGCCCCUCCUCUAUGCAAAUUUGCCACUUCCUUAUUUGCAUAUUGAGCGGGUUUUGUUCUAUUUACAUAAUGGGCGUGGAAAUUCCCAGUUUUUGCCCCCAAAUUCCCUUUUGUUGCCCCCAAAUUCUGGUUUUUUCUCCUUCCCUCCGAAAUUUCCCAGUUUUGCCCCAAAUUCUUUUAUUUUCUCAGAAUUUCACUCAAAUUUCCUCCCCAAAUUCCUCUUUUUAUCCCAAAAUCCUCCAGUUCUGCCUCAAAUUCCUCUCCUUUGUCCCAGUUCCCUCCUUUGUGCCCCCAAAUUUGGAUUUUGCCCCAAAAUCUCUUUUUUUACCCUCAUUUUUUUUUAUAUUUUUCCACCAAAACCUCCUUUAUGCCAAAUCCGCUCCUUUUCACCCCCAAAUCCUUUUUUUCCUGCUCCAAACCUCCAGUUUUUCCCCAAAUCCCAGUUUUUCUCCUCAUAAUUCUCUUCCCAAAGUUCUGUCUUGUUGUAUUUGUAAUGUUCCCCAUACAUUUAAUAAAAAUCCCAUUUUUUUUGCCCGAUUUUGGGCCGGAA